AUGUCUUCGCCUAUCCCUCGAGGCUACCUGGACAUCAAUUCUGCAUUGGGCCGAGUAAACGCUGAAGUCAGUCUGAUGGGCGUGGUUACCGACUUCCUCACGCCCUGCAUAUCACGAGGCACCGAUUGGAUGUCUUCAUUCUCAAUAGUCGACUCGUCUUACGCUGGUGUCUGCGAUAACGGCCUCAAAGUUCGCUUCUUCAGGCCAUUGGCGAGCGAGAUGCCUGCGAUCAGGGGGACUGGCGAUAUAGUCCUUCUACGAGGUAUCAAAAUCAAGGAGUGGUGCGGAAUGACCAUAGGUCUGUCGACUCGGAGAACGUCUUGGGUGGUCUUUCCGGCAGAUUCAAUCCCAGCAAAACCACCAUUAACUCCUGUGCAGCUCAAGAACAUCAAAGAGGCUCGUGGUCUUGCUCCUGCUCUGUCUGAAAUGCACUAUGCCAUCAGUCUUUGUAAUUCCUGCAACAGAAGCACAUUCACUGCCUCGUAUUCUCCACCUACCGGAUCAGCUUUAAAACCAUUACUUGAUACUCCAUCGACCGUGCAGAUAAGGGACAAGUUCUCCCUCGUCAAGGAUGUGAAGGUUGAUACAUUCUAUAAUCUCGUCGGACAAGUUGUCAAGCUGUAUCCAAGCAACGGGCGCGUCGAACUAUACAUCACAGAUUACACGGCAAAUUGCCUGCUCUGGAACUAUCCAGAACCCGAUGAUGGAAAUGGAUCUGGCCGGGAAGGAGACGAGUACAACUAUACCGCAGCCAACUUGGCGAACAAUAAAUGGAAGGGGCCUUAUGGGAAAAUGACCCUGACCGUGACUCUGUGGGACAACAACGCGCAUUUUGGCCAGCAACACAUCAAGGAGAAUGACUUCGUUCACAUUCGAAAUGUGCACAUCAAGUUCAGCAAGGACGCCAAAGUCGAAGGAAACCUCCAUGCAGAUAGGCGAUAUCCUGAACGCAUUGAUGUGACCGUACUGAAAAACAAUGAUGAUGAUGAACGCGUCAAAGAUGUGCUCCGGCGCAAGCGGGACUACUGGAAGAAGUUCAACAACAAGGUGGAGGAUUUUGCUCACCAGACCAAGGCACUUAAGCGGAAAGGCAUGGAGGAUGACAAACCUCUGUCAAAGCACCAGGCCAGGAAGAAGCGGAAGCAAGAGAGUAAGCAGCUCGGUAGGUCACAAAACCAGGGUGAGGAAGACCAGAGUGAGAAGGAAAACGACGUAAGAGAGGACAGAAAUCGCCAUUUCAAAAAGAAGCAUACACUUGACCAUCGCUCACCACCCCAAAAGCAAGAGCUGAACAGUAAUGUCAGAUGCGCACACCAUCUCAUAGCCCCGCGGCCUGUGUCCUCUAUUAUCUCGCUUGAUAAGCACGCUAACACCCCGCCGAACGGAGCACCAUACACCUUACCCUUUCAGAACAUCAACUCACGUGCUACAGUCCGUGUCAUUGACUUCUUCCCCCCUAGUCUUGUUGAUUUCGCCGUUCCUCGUCCGAGAGCCUCAGAGUACGCCAUUCUAUCCGAAGAUGAAUGCAGCGAAAGCGGUAGUGACCAGCAAAGUAACGACCUGGAUGACAGAUCUGAAGCGGAGGAUGCACAGUGGGAAUGGAGGUUUGGUUUGGUGCUGGAGGAUGCCCUAGGCGCUAGACACCAGGAGAAAGUAAACAUUGAAGUUUAUGUAACCGGCCAAGAUGCAGAGGGUCUACUGAAGCUUGAAGCAGAGGACCUUCGCAAAUCGCCCACCGCUCUAGAUACCUUGCGUGAGAGAUUGUUCCUCUUAUGGGGUGAUCUCGAAGAGCGAAAAACCCGCAAUGCAACGGCUCUCAAGCAAGUCGAUGGCAAUUCGCCAUCCCCCAGGAAGGUUGCAGCGCCGAGGAUGAAACCGUUCCAAUGCUGCCUCAAAGAAUAUGGCGUGAAGAAGAGAACGCAACGGAUUACGGAGGAAAAUGCCAGCGAGGGUGAAGAUGAAAGUGGAGACGAACGUGGGCAAGACCGAGUUUGGGAGAGAAGAUGGAGGAUGUUUGGGUGCACCAUUUCCUGA